AUGGGAAAACUGAGCAAAGAUCGUCGAGACAUUUAUUACAGGAAAGCAAAAGAAAAUGGAUAUAGAGCUAGAAGCUCUUAUAAAUUAAUACAAAUAAAUGAUAAAUUUGAGAUAUUUAAAUUGUUUGAUCCAAAUAAAUAUAAUAAUAGUGAUAUUAGUGAAAUUAUAAAAAAAUAUAAUGAUGAAUAUUGUUAUAAUGUAGUUGAUUUGUGUGCAGCCCCAGGGAGUUGGUCUCAAGUUCUUAAAAAUGUUUGCUUAUAUAAUUAUUAUAAUAUGUUAUAUUUUAUAAAUAAAAAUAAUAAUAAAAAUAGUAAUAUGAAUAACGAACUAGAUCAUGAUGAUUUUGUGAAGAAUUUUUCGUUAUAUAUAAAUUUUAAUGAUAUUUUGGAAAAAAAAAUUGAUAAAUUUUUAAAAAGUAAUAAUUAUCCAAUAAAAGAGCCUAAACUUGUUGCUGUCGAUUUACAAGAAAUAGGUAACAUGAAUUACAUAAAUAUAAUACAAGGUGAUAUUACAAAAAUGUCUACAAUAAAUAAAAUUUUAAAAUGUAUGAAUGAAACUGAGAAAUAUAUUGAAUCUUCUGUUAAUACUAAAAAUAUAUAUGAUGAAGAAAAUAACACAUUAAAUAAGGAAAAUGAUAAAAUUGCAUAUGCACAUGCAGUUGUAAGUGAUGGGGCUCCAGAUAUAACAGGUAUGAAUGAUAUUGAUGAAUUUAUUCAAUCUCAAUUAAUUUUAUCAAGUUUAAAAGUAUGUUGUUCAGUUUUAAAAAUUGGAGGUAAUUUUAUUAGUAAAAUAUUUCGAGGGGAAUAUACAGGAUUAUUAAUAUUUUAUUUAAAUAAAUUUUUUGAAAAAAUCUAUGUUUGUAAACCUCAAAGUAGUCGAAAUAAAAGUUUAGAAUCUUUUCUUGUUUGUUUAAAUUUCCAUUUACCCAAAUCGUCUAUUACUUCAUUAUUCAUAAAUAGAAAUGAGGUUUGUUAUAAUUCCCAAAAUGAAAAUGAACUUCGAAAUAUUCAUUUAGAAUUAAUUAAUGGAAAAGAUCAAGAUUUGCAAAAUAAUAUAAAUGAUAAAACAUGUUUUGAUGAUAAAAUAGAUAAUAAUUUAGUAAAUAGUUCAGAUAGCGAAAAGGAAAAUAAUUUAAAUAAUAUGAAAAAAAAAAAAAAAAAUUUAGAUAUUUUUAAUUUUUAUUGCUCAGAUAGUGAUGAAGAUAUAAAAUAUUUUAAUUCUGAUGAAGAAGAAAAUUUUAAUAAUUAUAUUUCUUCAAAUUUUUUAUCAAAUAAUAAAUUAUUUUCUUUUAUUGCAACACAAAAUUAUUAUGAUUCAGACAAAUCUUAUUUGUUACCUCAAAACUAUAUUAGACAUGAACCUCAAAUUAUGCCAUUACAACCUCCAUAUCUUUUAUCAUUACAAAAUAGAAGGAAAGAAAAUAAAAAGGUAUGA